AUGUUUACUGAAAUGGUGAGUGUCAACGAUCUUAUUGUGGCCGCUGGCAAUGGAAAUCUCGGUCUGGUAGUGAGUUUAUUAGCGACAAAAGUGGAUGUCAACGGCACAGAUGAAAAAUGGCUCCUGUGCACUUCAUCACUCGGCCACAAAUUGACACGUCAAUGUUGUUCGACUUUUGCUGCAGAAUGGGGUGGACGUCAACUUGGCUGCACCAACAGGGGAGCAAACUUUAACACGACAGACGAGAAUGGAAACACACCGCUCACUUGCGCAGCAAUUAUUGGCCGCGUAGGAGUCAUUCGAGAACUUCUAGACUUUGGAUGCGAUAUCGAUCAAGUGAAUGGUGGUGGUAAUACAGUUUUAUCCAGCGCUGCUCAAACAGAUCACACUGCUACCGCGCCGUCGCUACUGGAUAGAGGUGCUACAGUCGAUGCCCAGGAUUCUAUCGGAUGCUCUCCGCUCAUAUUCGCAUCUGCAAGAGGCUACAUAGAUAUCGUUCGGUUGCUACCGGAAAAGGGGGCUGCUAUUGACUUGACUGCAAAUGAUGGCGCCACGCCGUUGAUGCUUGCUGCGGCAAGUGGCUACAUCGAUGUAAUGCAGUUGCUCCUGGAGAAAGGAGCUGCCAUGGACCAGACCGAUAACGAUGGCUACUCUCCACUUACGUGGGCUGCUGGACAUGGUCAAACCGAAGCUGUUCAGUAUUUGGUAGAGCGUGGAGCUGAAGUCGACAAGCCUACUGUCAGAGAAGUUACACCUCUCAUCGGAGCUGGUGCUGACGAGGACGGCUUUACAGCCUUAUUUCGUGCUGCACAAAACGUUCACUACGAGGUCAUACGUUUCCUCAUUGAAAAGCACACAGCUGUCAACACUAGGGGCUAUGGUGGUUCUACUGCGCUGUCUUCGGCUACAGCCAGAGGAAAUAUGGACAUUGUGAAGCUGUUGCUCGAAAACGGGGCAGAGAUUGACCAGGUUACUCACGAUGGAGCCACUGCGUUAGUCGCUGCUCAAGAAGGCCACUUGGCUGUCCGAUGUUUGGCCAAUGUGCUGGUGGACCAUGGCGCUAGUAGCGAUCUUUCGGACAUGUACGGGAACACUACACGAAUGUUGGCGGCUCAGAACAAACACUUUGAAAUGGUGGAGUGUUUAUUGAAGGCUGGGGCCUCGGGGAAGCUCAAGGCACAGAAGGGUGAUACUGCGUUGCGCUUCACGGCGACAGGAGGGGAUACAGAGUGUAUUCAAUUACUGCUGGGCCACGGAGCUGAUGUCAACGAGCCUGGGAACAACAACUGCUCGCUUCGCAACGAGGACACGUCGACAUCGCCUCGCUUCUUCUGA